UCUACAUGCGACACUUCAAAUUGGGUUAGAAAUGAAGUUGAUGAUGAUGGAGCAGAUGUUACGCAAGAGAUGGAAAAUGAGGAAGUACAAGAUGAACUUGUAGAUGAGCAUGAUGGAGGCGAUGUAUUUUAAAUAUGACAAGGUAUAAUGGGAAAACGUAAACGACUGAAUAUUGUGCUCGCAAAUUAUAGAGACAGCUCUCAGAGCCAAAUACAGCUUGAACAAUCUUCUAGUCAAUCUCAAAAUCAACUUCCACAUCCUCAACAACAAAGAGAAGGUUCAGCAUCUAUGCCACUAGAAGAGAAUCAAGCAUUUGUGUAAGCAUCACAAUUACAAUUUGAGCAACAAGCAUCCACGAAGCCUUCGUCAGGCACCCAAAAGUCUAGAAACAUUAGAGGUCCGACACGUAUGCUAGAUGUUUGGGAGAUGAAUGCAGAAAAACGCAUUGCUGUUCAAUUGAAUGCUCAGUAUAUACCAAUUGGUGAUGAAUCUUGUACUCUUAGUAGGUUUAUUGGCAGUAUGAUCCGAAAGUUUUCUUUUGCACCUAUAGAUUACACAAGUUGGAAAGAAAUGCCAAUAAAAAAAAUAUCAGAGAUGUGGGAUGUAGUUGAGUCAAAGUUUCAAUUUGUUCCCUAUAAGGAUGAGAGUGAUGAAGAAAUCACAGAAGAAAUGUUGCAAAAACAAUUUAAAGUGGCGAAGAGUUGGGUAUUUAAAAACAUGAGUGGAAAAUGGAGACAAUGGAAGAAUUACUUGAAAUCUACAGGGUUUGACCCAAGUAAAACGGUAGAUGAAAUGGCUGAAGAACUACUUGAUUCUAGGGUGGAUAAAGACCAAUUCAAAAAAAUUGUUGGAUAUUGGUGUUCUGAGAAAGCAAAGGAAAUUAGUAUUAUAAACCAAGCAAAUCGCUUGAAAUUGGAGGAGCCUCAUUGCACAGGAACAAAGUCAUUUGCUAGGAUCAUGGAUGAAAAGAGUAAAGAUGCUAAUGGCAUACCACCAUCACGUGCACAAAUGUAUAUCUUGAGUCGUACAAAAAAAGAAGGAACUAUUGUUAGUCAAAAAGCAGCUGAAGUUGUGGAACAAAUGAAGAUACACAUGAAUGACUCUAGUGAUUCUUCUAAUAAAAACGGAUGGUCUUGGGAAAAUGAUGUGUACGCUAAAGUGAAAGGGCCUGAAAAAAGAGGGCGUGUGCGUUGUGUUGGAGAUGUUUAUGCUUCAUCUUCCAAAUCAGGUUCAUCCACCCAAAGAAAUGAGGAGGUCUUAAGUUUGAAGUCAUAUGUCAAUGGAUUAGAGCAAAAAUUAGAAUUACAAUCACAAGUGAUUAAUCAACAUCACAAGUAUUAG